AUGUACAACCUCAUUACUCAACAUAAGAAGGAAAAGGUGAAGGGUGGUGAUGCAAAUGCUGCAAUAAGCUACCUGAGAGGUAAAGCUGGGAAUGAUUCUUAUUUCUUUGGCAAGUGCACAUUAAGUAAUGAGAAUCGAUUGGAAAAUUUGUUCUGGGAUGAUGGGACUAGCCGUAUUGAUUAUGAGUGCUUUGGGGAUGUCUUGACAUUUGAUUCGACUUACAAUAGGAAUGUCUACAAUAAACCACUUGUGAUAUUUUCUGGUAGCAAUCAUCAUGGGCAGACCGUCAUAUUUGGUUGUGGUCUUCUUGUUAAUGAGGAUAUUGGUUCAUACAAGUGGCUCUUGGAAACUUUUUUGGAAGCAAUGGGGAGUAAACACCCUACGGCAGUUGUCACCGAUGGAGAUCUUUUAAUGAGAGAAGCAAUUAAACAGGUCUUUCCUUAUGCAACACAUCGACUAUGUGCAUGGCACUUACAUAGGAAUGCAUGCGAGAAGGUUAAGAACAGUGGAUUUCUAAAUGACUUCAAGAAAUUGAUUUAUGCCAAUAUGAGUGUUGCAGAGUUUCAGGUCAUGUGGGAAGACAUGGUGGCCAGGUAUAACUUAUCAAGCAACUCUUGGGUCGUCCAAACCUAUGAGUUGAGGAAUCUAUGGGCUCUUGCAUAUUUGAGGGACUAA